AUAGUGCGUUCGUCUACGCAAAGGCUAUGUGGUUUUGAAAUCUAUUUUGCUUUAAAAUAAUUCGUGCGUGAGAUUAAUAAAUAAAUAGAGUUAAAUUCGCCAGUGAUAAUGUUGGAUUUCCUACAAAAUCCAGUUUUGAAGCAGUAUGCUGCUGUGAUUGUUGUGAACCUAAGCAUCCUCUGCUCCGGCAUGGGGCUGGCAUGGCCUUCCCCGGUGCUGGUGAUGCUGAUGAAUGAGACGGAGACAGUUCUGUCGCGACCCAUCACCGAGGAGGAGGGCUCGUGGAUUGUGUCCAUUGGGUUUCUUGUAGGGAUUUUCGGCAUCGCCAUCCCUGUCUUUCUCGUGGACCGCAUCGGCAGAAAGCGCUGCAUACUCCUCGCAGCGGCUCCAAAGCUAGCAGUGGGUCUGCUGCUGACGCUGGCCAGCGACGUAUGGAUGUUGCUGCUGGGACGAUCGAUCUGCGGCGUCUGCGACUUGCUGGUGUUCAGUGUUGUGCCAAUGUACGCGGCUGAGAUUGCCAGUACCAAAGUCCGCGGCUCCCUGGGCACCAUCCUGCAGAUCAUGUCUUCGCUCGGCAUCGUCAUCAUGCUGUCCAUAGGUCCCUACACCUCGUACGUCACUCUCAACACCAUCUACACCUGCUUCACCGUGAUCACCUUCGCCCCACUGCUGUUUCUGCCGGAGAGUCCUUACUACUUGUAUUCGAAAGGAAGAAACGAGGAGGCCAUCGAACUGCUGACCCAUCUCCGAGGCUCGGAAGCUUUGGCCAAAGAGGAAAUGAAGGAAUACGCCCUCAGCCAGACUGAUGAGAAAGUCAGCAAGAAAGACCUCUUCAAGAACCGAUCAUUUCUUAAGGCUCUUGGGAUAUCCACAGUUUUGGGGAUGGGAUCUCAACUGAUUGGAUUCAACGCAGUAACAUUCUAUCUUCAGACAGUUCUGAAGUCCACACAAACCAGUGUGGCUGAGGAGACAGCGUCAGUUGUGAUAGGCUGUAUACAGCUAUCUGCGAGUUUUGUGACCACUCUUAUAACAGACAGGUUUGGCAGGAAACCGAUCCUGUCAAUCACGCUGGUCGGGAUGACCUUUGGAAUGGUGGGUCUUGGAGCAUUCUUCAAACUUCAGGAGAACGGCUAUCCAAUUUCAGGAUUCUUAAAUUACUUGCCUCUCAUUUCUCUCAUCCUCGUAGUUUUUUGCUUCAGUGCAGGUAUCGGUUCCCUAAUUUGGGCGCUAACAGCCGAACUCUUCGACGGGCCAGCACGAGCCUACGGUCUCUGCAUAUCCUCAAUCAUGUCCAUCAUGUUCGUGUUCCUAACCACCAAAUACUUCGCGAUGGUCUCCACAGCCCUUGGACCACCCACCACGUAUUGGCUCUUUAGCGUAAACUGCGUAAUAUUCUGCAUUUUCAUAGUCUUCUGUGUCCCUGAAACUAAAGGGAAGACUUUUUCUGAGAUUCAAGAAGAAUUGGGCGCCAAAAAGAAGAAAAGUAAAGAGGGAGCGGAGAAAAAUGGUACCAGUAUUAAUGCCAAUGUAUAGAAAGAUAGUAUUUUGUAUGAAAUGUGAUAUUGCUAAGUACUAAGUUGUUUUGUAUAAAUGAUAAUUAAUAUUAUGAUUAAGUGACUAUUAAAAUAAUUAUUUCUAUGAUAAUUAUUAAUGAAUUAUAAUAAAAGUCUGAUUAUUA